AUGGCUCCAUCUACCAAGACCGCCAAGGGCAAGACUGCCAAAGUCUCCAAGAAGUUCGUUAUCAACGCUACUCAACCAGCCUCCGACAAGAUCUUUGAUGUUGCGGCUUUCGAAAAGUUCUUGCACGACAGGAUCAAGGUCGAAGGAAGAGUUGGAAACUUGGGAGAUGUUGUCCAAAUCUCUACUGAAGGAGAGGGAAAGAUUGUGGUUGUUGCCCACCAGGAGUUCUCCGGUAGAUACUUGAAGUAUCUCACCAAGAAGUUCUUGAAGAAGAACCAGCUCCGUGAUUGGCUCCGUGUCGUUUCUACCAGCAAGGGCGUUUAUGAGCUUAGGUUCUAUAACGUUGUUAACGACGAUGAUGAUGAGGAUGAUGAAUAG